AUGUCUUCUUCCAAUAAACACUGGCCAAGCAUGUUCAAAUCCAAGCCUUGCAAUUCCCAAAACCAAUGGCAGCAUGACAACAACUCUUCUGUCUUGUCCACUGGAUGCCAAAGAAGCCCUUAUACUUCAGGAAGUGAAGAGAGAACUCCAGAACCAAAGCCAAGAUGGAACCCAAAACCCGAACAGAUUCGCAUUCUAGAAGCCAUCUUCAAUUCUGGGAUGGUGAAUCCCCCAAGGGAUGAGAUAAGGAAGAUCCGGGUGCAGUUGCAGGAGUAUGGCCAAGUUGGUGAUGCCAAUGUCUUCUACUGGUUCCAGAAUCGUAAAUCCAGGAGCAAGCACAAACUCCGCCAUAUCCAAAACUCAAAGAACCAAAACACAGAAACACAACCAAACUCAGUUUCUCUCUCUCAAAUCACACCACCUUCAUCCUCAUCCUCGUCCUCUGACAAAUCCUCUUCAAAAGAAUUAGUGCACCCCAAUGGGUUCUCCUUUGGUUUCUCAAAUGUCAAUGAUGCAGUGCCUAAUUCUCCCACUCCUUCUGUGAAUCAGACCUACUUUCAGUCUCACACCCACAAUAACACCAAUUUGCUACCACCAAUAGAGUCUCUCUCCUUUCCUUUGCACAAUAAUGGUCAAGGUGUGAUAGUUAAUAAUACCAUCACAACGCAUGGGUUUUCUGUUCCUCAAUUCUCCAACAAUAGCAUGCAAUCUCAACCUCAGUGUCAACCAAAUGUUGGACCUUGCACUAGUCUUUUCCUCAACGAGAUCAUGAACCAUGGAACCUUCUCAAAGAAAGACCAAGAUCAGGACAGGGCAUUGAAGUUAAUGCACCCUCAACAACUUAGCUUCCCUCUGACUUCCUCUCCAACCACAGCCAUUGUUCCUCCAAUCUCAAAUCUUCAAUGUCCAAUCACCCAACUUCAAGGUGUUGGUGGUGAGGUUGCAGCAGAUAGAGCAAAAUGUAUAGUUUUCAUUAACGACGUUGCAUUUGAGGUUAUGAUGGGACCCUUCAACGUGCGCCAAGCCUUUGGAGAUGAAGCUGUGCUUAUCCACUCUUCAGGCCCUGUCCCCACCGACGAGUGGGGCACUACCCUCCACCCACUACAGCACGGUGCUUGCUAUUAUCUGGUGCGCAUAUAG